AUGUCUCAUGACCAGGAGAGGACCUUCAAGGAAAUCGAAAUAUAUUCCAAGAGAUCGAACAAAGGCCAUCUUUAUCCCAGACCAGAUCUCAUCAUUCUAAACCGCUACCUGAACGAUACCGCCAUACAUAGAUCGGUCGCCGAGUCUCCGAGUGCUAUUCCUGCGAACUCGGGCGAGAGUGUGACGGACAAUUUCGCUGUGAUCCAUGAUAUCAGGGCUGGUGACGGUAUUUGUUUUGAAGGAUCACUGAAAGAGUUAGUAGACUUCGGGGCCUACGACAGCCCCUCUACGUCAUUGCUCCUCUUCCUGCGCGGCUCCGCCUCGCCUCAGUGGCUGGCGGCUGUUGAAGGACUAUAUAGAGCCAGCCCCGAGCUCUAUUGGCGCCAUUUGGAUUUCCAAACAUUCGCAUCUGGGGCUAGAGACUUGUAUACUCCACCGGUGCUACCCGGGGCCUGA